AUGGAUGGAAGAAAGAGUUUUGUUCUUUUCUUAAUCGCAUUUAUUGCGACAGGAACCGGCUUACCAGUGAUGACCAGGCAGAGUUUACUGGCACAGAACAAAUUCUGUUCAAACCUUCUCAACUUCAACAACUAUUUCUAUGCUUUGGAAGAAACAAAGAACUUAUCAGGCGUUCCUGCUGAUAUAAGUGUCCAUUGGAAGACAGGAAAUAUCUUCUUCACUCUCAUAAGCGACGAAAUGAAAAUGAAUUUACAAGUUUUACAUACUAGCGGAGAUUCUGAGACAAUAAAAGUAGCUGGACUUGGACAAUCAACCACUGUUGAUAACCUCAACGAUAUAGUUUACUUAGCUACUGAUAAUGGAGUUUAUAAAUAUAAAGACGAUGGAUCUAUUGAACUGUAUACGGCUUUAGGAGAAGAUGUUAUGUACAUAGCAGUUUCAAAUGACGGUUCAACUAUGUACGUUGCUACUUGGCCACAAAAUCGUGUGCACAAGAUAACCUCAGACGGUCAAAAACAGGAGACAUUCAGUGUAAUACCAAACGGACACGGCUUGACUAUAGAUACAAGAAAUAACAUCUAUUUCGUAGCAACAAAGACGACGUAUAUACUAAAGAACGGUUUCACGAUUCCUAUUAAAAUCAAAGGUUUGCCAAGUGAUAAGAUGACAGGUGUAUUCGUCAGUAGAUCAGAUGAAGUCUUCGGCAUGGACGAAAACAGUAACUUGUACCUAAUUGACCCAGAAAAUGCAAGCGCUAAACAUGUAGGUUCCUUCAACGUUAAUGGAGUGAACUCUUUCGCGAUGGAUUCAGCUGAUAACGUGCUCAUUGGUAUUAAAGGAUCUUUAUUGAAAUUCAAUGCUUACGAAAAAAGUCCCUGUUCUAAAUUUGAGGUUUACGAGUCUAAAACUAAACCAAUAUCUAUUAUUAGUGGAAAGCUCGUCCCCAAUCCAAUAAUUAAUUCUACCUCAGCACAACCAGAAGAGGCUCCACCACAGAAGGGAAAAAGACACUCGAAAAAAAAGAAACUCACGAAGAUAACCACAACUACCACCGAAGCAGAUGAAGAUGACGAAGAAGAAUAA